CUUAUCAAGUUGAGCUUUAUAAGUGAAGUGCAUCUUCAGUUUCGUUUCUUCAAACUACGAAAAUUAUAUAGCUUCUUUACUUAGCUCUUUGACUACUUUCCCCCCAAGUUUUACUUCACUUCAAUUCUUAGCCUUGUUAGCUUCUUGAAUCAACAUUCAUCUCUCUCGUCAUUUUUGUUUUCACCCUCAAGAUUCUUGGCAACCAACAAGAUCAGGUAGGUCAGGUUUUAGUAUUUUCCUUCUUUUCAUUCAAUCCGAUUUCAGUCGGAUCGUUUUGUAUCAGAGAAGUUAAUUUCUAGCUUUAUAUGGACACACUAUUCCAAGAUUUUCCUCGGUUCAACUUUGAUAAUGGGUCAGAGCCAAUGUAUACAAAUCACAACCUAGUUAAUGGGUUUAAAGAGGGUAGUCCAGAGUCUCCUGAUGGUUAUGCUUCAUCAUCAGGCAGCUGUGUCCAAGGACAUCCGCUUGAUAAUAUUCCUUUCGCCAAUGAGAUGCUCAAGUACAUAAAUGAGAUGCUAAUGGAAGAAGACCUGCAGGAAAAGUCGUGCAUGUUGCAGGAUUGUUUAGCUCUCCAAGCUGCUGAAAAAUCCUUCUAUGAAGUCCUUGGCCACCAAUAUCCACUUUCACUCCACCCCAUCUCUCCAUUCCCAGACGAUAAUCUCACUCAAACCAGUAACAGCUAUAAUAUUACUGGCACCAACUCGGUUAAAUCGAGUACUGGGAUGUAUGGUUCUCUUGAAAGAACCUCUUUAUCUGAGCCUUUUACUGAGUCCCCUCACAGUGGUGACAAGGUGCUUUUGCCUCCACAAAGCAGCCUAUCAUCGCCUUGUGUUCCUGAUGGAAGGUAUAAAUCACCAUUAAGUUCAAAGGGAAGGAAAAAUUAUCAGCGUGAGGAUGGUGAUUAUUUGGAAGAAGGUAGGAUAAGCAAGCAAUCUGCAACUUCACUUGAAGAUUCAGAACAGUCAGACAUAUUCGACGAGGUACUGCUUUGCAAAGGUGAAAAUGAGGUCUCUCCGAAGUUUUCUCUUAACGGGAACUCCCCGAAGAAUGCGCAGCUGAAAGGGUCUAUCAAUGGCGGAACAGGGUCACGCAGGAAGAAAAGCAGUAAAAGAAGUGAAGUGGUGGAUUUGUGGAGUCUCCUAACUCAAUGUGCACAAUCUGUAGCCAUUAAUGACCAAAGAACUGCCAAUGAGCUGCUGAAACAGAUAAGUCAACACUCUUCUGAUUCUGGAGAUGGAACCCAAAGAUUAGCACAUUACUUUGGUAAUGCACUUCAAACGCGUUUGGCUGGCAAGGGAGCACCAUCGUAUUUACAUCUGGGAAGCAACAAGACUUCCGCUGCUGAUGUCUUAAAAGCUUACGGCGUCUAUCUUUUAGCUUGCCCUUUUAAGAAAAUGUCGAAUUUUUGCGCCAAUAAAAAGAUAAUGGAAGUUGCAGAAAUGGCAACCACGCUCCACAUCGUUGAUUUCGGCAUUUGCUAUGGGUUCCAAUGGCCUUGCCUUAUCCAGCGUCUCUCAGCAAGGGCCGGUGGACCUCCCAAGCUUCGUAUUACCGGUAUUGAGUUCCCCCAACCAGGUUUUCGACCUGCAGAAAGGGUGGAAGAGACGGGGCGUCGCUUGAAAAGGUAUUGUGAGAGAUUCAAUGUCCCGUUUGAGUACAACGUGAUAGCAAAGAAAUGGGAAACCAUCCAACUUGAAGAACUAAAGAUUAAUUACGACGAAGUGGUUGUUGUUAACUGCAUGUAUCGGCUAAAGAACCUUCCGGAUGAUACAAUGGCGCCGACCAGUGCGAGGGACACUGUUCUGAAACUGAUCAAAAGCAUUAACCCAGCGAUAUUCAUCCACGGGGUUGCAAAUGGGACAUAUAAUGCUCCCUUCUUCGUCACUAGGUUCCGAGAAGCCCUCUUCCAUUUCUCUGCUCAGUUCGAUAUAUUUGAAGCUAAUGUUUGUAGGGAAGAUGCAGAAAGGAUGAUGUAUGAGAAGGAAGUGCUUGGAAGGGACGUUAUGAAUGUGGUUGCAUGCGAGGGUAGUGAGAGGGUUGAAAGACCGGAGACGUAUAAGCAAUGGCAAGCGAGGACUCUGAAGGCAGGGUUCAAGCAGGCGCCAUUGGAACAACAGCUCAUGAAGAAGGUGAGGAAUAUGGUCCAAUGUAAUUAUCAUAGGGAUUUUUCUGUAGACGUAGAUGGCCGGUGGAUGCUACAGGGAUGGAAAGGGAGAGUUAUUUAUGCCCUUUCUUUUUGGAAACCUGUUAAGAAUGAGCCGUAUCUGUGAUGAGGAGUAAUAGUUAGUUAAGGCCGUUAAACCAGCAAAUCAUAGCCGUAAUAGGGGUCAUCUGAUGUGAAGACUCGCUUGUUGUAUAAAUUUAGUCACCUAUCUGUUUGGUAAUGUUUGUAAAAUAUCAACUCUAAGAAGGGUCGUUGCAUGUGGCUUAAAGCUCGUUUCGCAUCAAGCAUGUAGAUAGCAAACAAUCCUAAGCUUUUUUGUCUUUUCCUUUUUCCCAUGUUUGUAGGUAACUGAUAGUGAAACUAGACAAUGAUAUUGGGAGUUUUGACAA